AUGGCCGAUCAGGAUUUCAAUUCUCCUUCGCCCAAUACAGGCGCAAACCAACCUAAAAGACAUCUACCGGACCGCGAAGAUAGUCGUUCACCGAAAAGGUUGAAGACCAGCCACGAUGCCCCUGAAGCCCUGACCGAGGACAAAAGCGUCGAUGACGGCAAAUUCGAGAGCAACAAGGCGAGCAAAGACGACGAGUCCAACAUGGUGGGCCACGAGAACAGUACAUCGUCACCCGAGCAUGCUGCCGGGAUUCACGACCACGGUAUCCUGCCCACAAUUGAAGAUGAUUUCCAACAUGUUCCCACAAUCCCGGAGCGAGACAUCAUCUCGCCCAAAGAGACCCUCGAGUCGGGCGACGAUGGAGACACUGAUUCUUCACCUUCUGAGGUUCCCUUCUUUUCCACUUUACCUGCGAGCUUCCCCUCGCCUUCGGCAACGCAACCUCGCGAUGUUGCGUCAGCUACCGCCUCGCUCGUGCCCUCUCCUUCCAGGUCAAGCGGUGACUCCUCACCAUCGCUUCCUGGCACUCCUUUCUCUUCGUACACCUCCAUCUCCGAGGGAGACUCAGACGAGGAUGAUUCAGAGGAUGAGGACUGGCCUGAAGUAGUCUUCGGCGAUGACCUCAUCGACCAUGACAACAAUGACCAAGACAGUGAUGACUAUGACAGCGAUGAACACCACAGCGAGGACGAGGACGAACCCGAAGACGAAGGCUUCAGGCCUUUUUUGUCUCGAUAUACUCGUUGGCCUGACUUUGACGGGCCGGGAGACGAAUAUACCCACGUCAUUAUCGAGUUUAAGGAAGACGCCGAGUGGGACAUCGGAAGCGAUCCGUUGCAUGAGGGGCCACGCUACCCAGGGAUGGAUGCUUUCCGACUCACAGGGUAUACUUUUGAUCAUGGGUCGGAGCCGGAGGACCAGGAGCCCGAAGACACAUUCUACCUUGACGACGACGACGACGACGACAACGAGUACGACCAGGAAUGGGCUAUGGAAAGCGACUCCGUGACUGAAGCGGAAUGGUGGGGGGGUGGAAUGUGGAUUGUUCAUCAUGAUCCAUCCUCCUUUGUACCAGUCUCCUAG